AUGGGACCAACCAACUUCCGAGUCAUCGUUGUCGGUGGCGGCCCAGUAGGGCUGUCGUGCGCCCACGCAUUAUCACAAGCCGGCAUUGAUUUUAUUGUCCUUGAGCAGCGGUCGAGCUUCGUCAUAGACGCUGGAUCCAAUCUGAUCUUAGUCCCCAUGAGCAUGCGGGUUCUGGGGCAGCUAGGCCUACUCGAAGAGCUGAAGAAAGUCAGCUCCCCACUUGGCAUCAUCAACCGUAUGGAUCACAGCGGUGGGCGACUUGGUAGUAUGAAGUGGUUUCUCUAUGACAACGAGUAUUUCGGUGCAUAUCCCAGAGUCAUCAGCCGACAUGACUUGACCAAGGUUCUCUACCAGUCACUUCCAACAGAUACCAUGCCCAACCUGCUUCCGAACAAGAAAGUAUCCGACAUCUCUACGACUACGAACGGUGUGAGCAUUACAUGCACGGAUGGUACUUCAUACGAGGGAUCCGUGGUCAUCGGCGCGGAUGGCGCCCAUAGUUUUGUGCGAGAGCGCAUGCGGCAGCUUGCAAUCGACAAUGAAUCCCCACUGUUAAAUGAAGAGAAGCCUUUUCUAACGACUUACCGCUGCCUAUGGACUCGCUUUCCAACCACGAAUGGCCUGACGCCUGGAACGACCUGGGAGACUCACGGCGAGAAACUGGCGACCCAACUGUUUGCGGGUGUCGAUACUGUCGUCAUGUGCAUAUAUGAGCGCCUUGACGAGCCCACCUACGAUCGCUGCCGAUAUUCAAAAGCUGACGAGGAGGCUUUGUCGAGCAUACAAUCUGGCCUGGUAAACCUGGAGGAAGGCGUCGUGAAGCACUGGAGCUGGGACGGCCGUAUCGUGCUGGCGGGCGAUGCAGCGCAUAAAUUCACACCGAGCACCGGCGCCGGGUUCAACAACGGGAUCAUUGAUGUCGUCGCACUCGUCAACGAACUCGUCAAGGAAUUGCAAGCGGCUCACGCGGAACCACUUGGCCUGGCAGCUGAAUCGGGGAAAGCCCAAGUGAUGGCUGCCUUCAAGGCUUAUGAAGCCUCACGCAAGGAGCCAGUCAUUGAAGGUUGCAGGGCAGCCGGUAAUGCCACUGCCUUGGCAACUUGGCCGAACUGGAUUUUGAAAUUCAUCGACCGAACAGCGCGGGCACCUGCAUUUGACUUUCUGGAUAGCGAAGAGGAACUGGUCGGGACAGUUCCGUGGAUCAUGCCCCCAAAGAGGAAGUCUGUAAAGAGCGAAUAA